CGUACAUAGAAUUUUAAAAGUAGUUAAAGGUAGUAAAAAUCAAAUAUAUUAGAUUGUCGUUUUUUAUAAUAUGGGAUAGAAAUAUUUAUAUUUUUGAUCAUAUCUCAAAUAAUGUUGGAGGUAGCUUAUAAUUGUUCAAAAAAAUGUCUAGAAAAUUAAUUGGAAUAUUCUAACAUUAAGAUGACCAUGUGGAGAGUUGUAGCUUUUUUUCUCUGUGCACCCAUUUAUGUAUGUGUAAACUCUCUUUGCGUGCGUGAGCGUGUGUGCGAGAGAGAAUCCUGACUCUUGCUAUCCUCACCACCAUCACCAUUGAAAGCGAAGUCCACGAUCCGCCCCUCGAUAAUCGAUAUUUACUAACCCACUCACUAACGCUCAUCGAUCGCUCGCCCUCUCUCUUUCUCUCAUGCUCUCACUCUCUCGCUCUAACAACGUACUAAUCCGAAAACGUAGUGUAUGAACCUAUGUGUAACCUAAUAUAUAACCCAUAUAUCAUUGAUGUGUAAGCGAAUGCCAGACCUCUCUCAACUCAACUAAACUCUCAACUAAAACUCAACUCAAAUAUCGCCUGCUCGCUCGUUCGCUAAAUCUAUCCCACUCCCACUCUCUGCUCCAGAUCUGUUUCUAUCGCCCCCCACGUUCCCUCUCUCACUCUCUGACUCACUCUACAGUUAAGCCUCAAUAAGUUUUCUUGUAAAACUUUUGCAAGUCUUCCGACCCAAUGACCGACCCCCUUUCUUCGCACGACUUUACUCAUUUAAUACACCAACAUUUGAUGGGAUUUUGCAUUUAUUAGCCAUAUGCAUAAGAGAUGUACGCGUGGUCGUGCAGUGGGAGGUGCCACUGUAGCCCAGCCAAAUGAGGGAAAGAGGUGUCUUGGCUGGGUAUACGUUUUACCACUUUCUGUUCUAGUUUCGGUUCAUUUUUGGCAAAGGGCAAGUUUGCCCCAGCUAAACAAGUUGAUGCCAACAGACACACACACUUACACACACUCACACACCCUCUUAAGCACACACACACUCAGAGGAACACACACAUGCUUAUACGCAAGGGUGUAAGAGGAACUUUUGCUUGAAAAAUCUCAGCAAACAGCCAAAGUUAAAGUGGCUUUUGGCAGUGUGCGUUUGAAUCGAUAUGUUUAAGCUGCUGACUGCAAUGUAGGCGAACUUUUGACACAAAUACACCAACACAUACACACACAAACAAACACGUAAAGAAGAUACAGUGACGUAGGCAGGGGGCUUCAAACCCACUUCCUUGCAGCACUGUAUUCUCACUUGAUGGAUAUGUAAUGAACAUUCCAACUGUGCUUUCUCAAGUGAAUUUAAAGAGUAUUGCACUCUAUUACUGAGCAGGAAUUUCAAGGAAAUUCUGUAAUUAAUCCUGGUAAUUCGUCCCCUCGAAAAGGACAUCGCACGCCACUGGCACGGGCACCACAUUGCGCCUAUAUGCAUAUGCCAAUGCCACAAUGUACGCCAACCACCCAGAUUCUCUUUGGCAUUGUGCAUGCAAAAUGGGAAAUUGCCUUCUGACUGACAACUUACAAAGAAUUUGAAUUUAGAAAAUUGCAAAUUUAUGUAGAAGCCAAGUGAACACAAUACACUCAAUGGUAGCCUAGAAUUUAUGCGCCCAGGUCCGAUCGGAUGUCACCAUCUAGUUUUUUUCAACUUUUCUCUGUAUUUUUUGGCAUGCACUUGGCAUCGGGCACAGUGAGGCCUCCUAUAUAUAUACCACCACCUCCCCGUAGCCUGCUUCCGUAUGUUUCCCUAGUAGUGUGCUUGAGUAAUUCCCUUACAAGCAACUUUGAUUCGCAAUCAAAUUCAUUUGUUCGAUUCCGGCAAUUGUGUUUUGAUUUGCAAGCACUUGAAAUGCGGCUCACAUCCGGUGGCGUCGUCCGAUAUUUUCGUCUUUAUUGCAUUGUCAGCAGCCCAAGUUGCUCAUUAACUGGGAUGACCCAAAUAAUUGGGGUAUUAGCCAUGGCUAAUAAGCCAUCUACACGCUCGCUGGCGGUCGCAAAAAAAAAAAAAAAGAAAGAAAGAAGAAUGAAAUUGUAGUCGGGAAAUUUACGAGCAGGAGUUUGGUUUAAGUGUCACGGAAAUGUCUGUCGGUGGGUUUAAAAUUUUUGCACAGCAGUUUUAUGUGAGUUUUUAUCAAGUUAUUUGCGAGAAUAAUUUCCGUUCUUUUAUCAAAUUUAUUGCAGAAAUAACACAUUAAUUGGAAAAAAAAAGAAUACGUUAUUAAUGCUUAACGCUAGUCACUUUAGAUUUAUUUUGCAUAAGAGUUAAUAGAAAGAACUGGAAUUUUUGAUGCAUAAUAAAUAAAACAAUUUAGUAAACCAUCAAGAAAAUAUUAAUUAUACAAAUUUAAAAUGUAUUUUUAUGCCUGUGCAUCGAACCUCAUUAAAUCAUAUUAAGUAAAUACCUUUAAAUUCAUAGUGCGUUCAUAAUGGCGAAAAUGUCCUUAUAUAAAUUCAAAAAGAGUAUCAGUCACAACUUGAUUUAUGUACUUGAGAACUUUCCGUCCACAAUUACUUUGAGCGCAUCCUUAGAUUUCCGUGACAUCCUGACACGUUUUAAGAUCCAGCUGGCUGGCGAAAAGUGUAGCAUACUUUUGUGGGGUGCCAAGUGUCCCCAGGCGGUUAUAAAUUUAUCCCCAUCAGGCAUCAGUGGUAAUGGUAAGGGGUGUUGUUUUGGGAAAGAAAGGUGGUGGAAGGAGCAGGGGGAACUGGAGAACGUUGGCCAAAUGACUUGACGCAAUUUCUCAAUUCUUAUUUCAUCCGCCAUGUGCGCCCAGUCAGUUUGGUUUAGCAUUCCAAGCGGUCACGGCCUGCGGGUUGAUGGCCACAAAAACCGAUAACCGAGAACAGGGAACCGGGAAACGAGAAGCGAAAACCGAAAACUGCAAACCAAACCAUUGACCAAAAGCAGGCAACUCAGAUACGAGAAUCGAGGCAGAGGCGUUAAUUGAAAUCCGGCUUAGGAACCAACCGAAUCGCCGGUUAACCCGAGGCGGCCCCAAAUCGGACAUCAUGCAGCCAUUAAACAAUAACACUUUUAGCCAACCACAUAUGGGUUAACAAACACACAUAUGUACACACGUGCACACAUACACGCGCGCGUUGGACAAACAGGCGAGUCCUUUAACAUUUCGCUGGAUGAUUUGUGGUGCAAUAAAGAAUGCCAUUUAAUACCGGGCCCAGCUCUUUAGCCUUUUCGAACCCGAUUCCCAACCCGAAUCGCAUCGCAACGACUCGAAUGGCAUGGAAUCGAAUCGAAUCGAAUCAAAACGGAUCCAGUCGAGAAACGGGGAAUUGGCAAGCGCCAAAACUAACAAGCUCAUUCUCAAUUUAUAUUAAAUCGAAAGUUCACAAAUGGUUCAGCUGACCCCAAAAACAACAAUGGGGUCAUCCACAGAUAUACGCACACACGUCCACGCAUCUCUCUACAUACAUACACAUAUGUAUAUUCAAUGGCCCAUUAGGAGGGGGCUCUUGGUAUUUGGGGUUACAAAUAAAUGAGUCUAUUGAUUAAAGGUUAGAAACGGGAUUCAAACUGAAAAUAUGAAAUAUUUUGUAAAAUUGUGUAGGUUUUUUAAUCAUUCGAAGGGUUAGCUAUUAUCGAGAAACAAUUAUGAAAUGAGUUAUAACGAACUUCACUACCAUAACUAAAACCCCUUUUUAACAAAUUCCUGCGGGCGCCACUGUGUGUAGGUAUUAUGUUUAGUAUAGAGAGACUAUAGAGCGGGGCAAUCUUAUCGUGCAGCAAGCCUUUUUUCCGCUUGGCUUGGGAUGGACAGUGAUGGGUUAAAAGGGAGCCCGUAUCACCCAGUUCCAUGCAUAUGUAUAUGUGUAUGUGUGUGUGUGUGCCUCCAUAUCUGUGUGUUCCUGCGUCUCUCUCACUCUCACCCACACCGCCCCUCUCGCUUACUCCCUCUCUCUCUGCCUCUGUCUCUGUCUAUUGGACUUUUUGCCAAAUCUAUUUCUAUCGAAUUCUCUUUACUAUUGCCUCCUCGAAAACAUUACAAUACAAAAUGAAUACAAAACGAUAAUAUGUUAAACAACAACCAAAAAUAAUGAACAAAAAUAAAAGUACAAAAGAAACAGCAAGAAACAAAAAGAAAAUGAAAUACUUUCGAAACUCGUUUAGGAAAUCGCGUAUCGGAGAUGGAGCUUCAGAUCCAGAUUCCGAUUGGACACGAUCGAACCAGCGUUGGAUGAAGCUGCGCACCACCGUGCAGAUUUCAUCGGCGAUACAGAAGAAACCACCGCUCAAGCGCGAAGACUCCUUCCUGAAGCGUUUCUCGACUAGACAGAUACCCGAAACACAGGAAACUGUUGAAGAUACGGGUUCAGAAAGUGCCUCUGGUGACGUCGACAAGAGUGUUAAACGACGGCGACGCUAUCUGCAGAAACGACGAUCCGUUGUUAAUCCAGAUGAAAAUUUUUACUUCUAUUGGUUAAUGAUGUUAACUGUAUGUGUUCUAUAUAAUCUAUGGACCCUAAUUGUGAGGCAGAGCUUUCCUGAACUGCAGCAAUCUGUGCCCACGUUUUGGCUCAUCUGCGAUUCGAUGACAGAUGUUGUAUUUAUCCUAGAUAUAAUAGUUCAAUUACGCACAGGCUAUCUGGAGCAGGGCCUAAUGGUAUACGACGACAGGAAGCUGGCCUGUCACUACGUUCACUCGCGCGACUUUAUCUUCGAUAUGAUAGCGCUGAUACCAUUGGAUUUGCUGCAGCUCAAGAUGGGCACACAUCCGCUCUUGCGUUUUACGCGCUUUUUUAAAGUUUAUCGAUCUGUGAGAUUUUAUUACAUCGUAGAAAGUAGAACAGUUUGGCCAAAUUUAUGGCGCGUUGUUAACCUAAUUCAUAUCCUGUUAAUACUGGCACACUGGUUCGGUUGUUUCUAUUUUUUACUCUCCGAGGCGGAGGGCUUUCAGGGCGACUGGGUGUAUCCGUAUCGACCCGGGGACUACGCCACCCUAACGCGAAAGUAUCUGGGCAGCCUGUACUGGUCGACCCUGACACUGACCACCAUUGGGGAUCUGCCCACGCCCGAAACGAAUGCAGAACCGAACUUUUCGGUGGACGGCCCACGUUCAAUUCCGCGGCGUGGCAUUAAAUCGCGCUUACUUCAAUUUGGCUCUAGUUAUGGAUAUAUUUUUACGAUCGUUAGCUAUUUGAUUGGUGUUUUUAUCUUCGCCACCAUUGUGGGCCAAGUGGGCAAUGUGAUAACGAACCGCAAUGCGAAUCGCCUGGAGUUCGAGCGCCUGCUGGAUGGGGCCAAGACCUAUAUGCGGCACCACAAGGUGCCCGGAGGGAUGAAGCGGCGCGUGCUGCGGUGGUACGACUACAGCUGGUCCCGCGGCAGGAUACAGGGUGGCGGUGACAUCAAUACCGCACUGGGCCUCCUGCCCGACAAGCUGAAAACCGAAUUGGCCUUACAUGUCAACCUGAGCGUGCUGAAGAAGGUGACCAUAUUCCAAGAGUGCCAGCCCGAGUUCCUCCACGAUCUCGUGCUCAAGAUGAAGGCCUACAUCUUUACGCCGGGCGACUCCAUUUGCCGAAAGGGCGAGGUGGCUCGCGAAAUGUUCAUCAUUGCCGAUGGCAUCCUGGAGGUGCUGAGCGAGACGGGCAAGGUCCUGACCACCAUGAAGGCUGGUGAUUUUUUUGGCGAAAUCGGCAUCCUCAAUCUGGACGGGCUUAACAAACGCACAGCGGAUGUGCGCUCCGUGGGCUACUCGGAGCUCUUCUCUCUGUCCCGCGAGGAUGUCCUGGCGGCCAUGAAGGACUACCCCGAUGCCCAGGAGAUCCUGCAGACCCUGGGCCGCAAGCGGCUAAUGGAGGUGCGCUGCGUGAACAAGAAGUACGCCAAGGCGCAGAGUGACAAGGAGGCGGCGGCCUAUGCGGCAGCUCAUCCGCACCACCAUCAGAGCCACCACCAGGGUCAGGUGCACCAGAGCGACAGCAGCGAGAACAGUGCCUCCAAGAAGAUCGUGGACAAGCUGAAGCACGACGUCAAGGGAUUCCGCAACGUGCUGAAGAAGUCCAGGACCUCGCGCAAAAGCGAUGAAUCCCUGGAGAUGCAGCCGCUGCACAACACCUCGCCGCGCGGAAGCAAGAUCCUGCUGAAGCGCAUGUCGCGCGUUCGAUCGGACGAAAAGGAUGCGGAUAGCGCCGAGGCCAAGGACGAGUUGCACGACAAGACGCCCAGCCCGAUUGGGGCGGGAUUGCCAUUGCUGCAGCGCCUCCGGCUCCUCAAGGAGAAGCAGGAUCGCGAAGAGCGAGCUGUUAAGUCCACACCACCACAGAAAUCUCCACCUCACUCACAUGUAACGUGUACGUUAUCGCCGCAGGAAUCGAUCCAGGAGGAGCCCGAACGCGAGUUCAGCGAAGGCUUUCCCCUGAUCCAGCGACUCCAGCAGUUGAAAAUUAAGAACGAGCCGCAGGCAAACGCCGCCGAACCCGGCGUCGUCAUGGUCAACACGCCGCCCAACAUCAGCAGCAAAAUAGAUUCGCAUUUCGCUGCCAGCCAGGCAGGUGCAUCGCAUCCUGGUACAAAUGGUGGAACCAUCGGCAUCUCGGCGCCGGGACAAUCGCUGACGGUGGCCCAGAUCAAGCCCAUCAUGAAGGUGUCCUUCAAGCAGAAGAUCCAACAGAUGCAGGGUGGCGGCGGAGGAUCCAGCAGUUCUCCGGGUCCAAGCACGGGAGCCAUAGCCAAGAAGGAGCCACCCAAAUCACUGGCUCUGGUGGCCAAGCACGCGACUUCCGAGGAUCCCGUCGCCGCAACCGGAUUGGGUUUGGGAUCUGGUACUAGCUCUGGCAUUGCCAUCAUAUCGAAGAGGGUAGUCAAACCUCAAAGCCAUAGGAUGGCUACUCCGCUGCAAUCCGACACGGACACCGAUGGCACGCCCAUCAAGCCGUGGUCCAAGCUGAAACUGGCCACUCUGAUGUCCUCCAGCUACACGAGCUUAACCAACUGUUCGCCAGAUGAUCUGGCCUCGCCGCUGAAGAACUACUCGCUGAGCAACAUACCGCAGCAGAUGGAGACGCAUCCGCGACCACGUCACCAUAGCGCCAGAAGCAGUUCGAGAUCACCGCGUCAUGGACACCACCAUCACCAUCAUCAUGGCCACCACCAGCACGGACAAAUUCAGGGGCCAAGCUCCACGAGCACCAACGGCUCCACGGCCAGCCAGGUGACGGCGAGCGCAAAACGAGAUUGCCUACGUCUCCAGAAGCCGGAGCAGCACUUGCCCGACGGCGAACUGACCGAACUGGGCGGCAAUGGACGGAGGAAGCUCUACCAAAGCGUGUUCGAUCUGUCGCCGGAGUACUGCGGACUGCCGUUUGUCAAGCGAUUGAAGAUCCUCAAUGAGCGCCAGAAGCUGGCGGAACUGGAGCGGGCACUGCAGACCCGUAGCUUUAGCUUGGACUGCUCCAAGUCCGGCCCGGAUAGCAAGGUGCCCAUUACGGAGUCCUUGUAUCGAUGCUACAGCGACACCUCCGGCAUCUACUCGCAGUUCCUCAGCACGUACGAGUCAACCACCAGCUCCACUUCGGUAUCCACCAAUACUUCCGCCUCUGCAUCGGCAUCCGCCUCCGCUUCCGCCUCCGCAUCGGAUAGCAACUCCAGGCAGUUGCAGUACGAACCCCUGCCACUUAGUCCCGAAUCGAAUGAGACCAUGGAGCGGCGCAAGCUGAAGAGCAUACUCAAGAAACUCCAGAUGGGCGGUGGUCAGCAGGAGGAGGCGGGGCCGGGCGCGGGAACGGGAGCGGUAAAGGGAACGGGGUCGAAGGUCAACUCCAGUGCCAGCCAAAAGGGGAAGGGCCUGCCGGCGGAGCCGACCUUGGAAGGCCCGCCCGCCAGUGCCAAGGAGGAGGAAUCUCCCUUCGGCGGUGCUGCGGCGAUCGGUUCGGUGAAUAAAGGUUGCGGUAACGGUAACGGUAGCGGUAGCGUUAGUGGUAACGGUAACGGCAGCGGUACGGUUAACGAUAGCAGUGCUAAAUCGAGUUCGCAUCCGAGCAAUAACGGCAACAGUGCGUAUACGUGUCCUCCUCCACCGGCGGUGGCUUUUCCGUUUCCGGUACCCAUUGCACCAGCAUCCGGCUCAGUUCCACUACCAUUGGAGCCCGGAGCGUCGAAUGUCUGGUCGCCGACGUUGACGUUGGUAACGCCCACGAAUUCGCCGCAGGAGAGCUUCGCGUUUCCCGCCCAACUGCAGGGGGAGUUGGGCGGACACGGAACCGGGCGCGGACUCGUUGGUGGCGUUGGCAGCGCCUCAGCGUCGAUGUUGCCAGCGGGAGCGGGAGCAACUGCAUCCGCAUCCGCAUCCACGUCCACGUCCGCCUCGUAUGUCGUCGAGUGCUCAGCGUCGUCGAAUCAGAUCCUCCAUGCCCAGUCCACCACUGAUUUGAAUUUGAAUUUGCAGCUCAGGCAGAACACGACCAGUGCGAUGGGCGGAGCGGGUCCAGCGCAGCGGAUCGAAGGCUUCCCGGAGGCACAGGACUACUUCAAUCAGAUCCUGAACGGCAUCAACCACGUGAUCAAGACGCACAUGAACGAGAUGCACUCCAAGUUCGAGACGCAAUUCUCCAGCAUGGCUGGUGAGGUGCGGCGACGCGACGCCAUCAUUGCCCAGCUGCAGCUCAAGCUGCGCUCCAUAGAGGGCAAGUCCACAGCGGCAGCGGCAUCCUCAUCCUCCUCCGCCCUGGUGCUGCCCAUCAGCCGGCGCCAGAAGAAGAUGCCCCAGCUGUCGGUGGACGACGAUGAGCCGCCGGAGGAGGAGGACAUCAGCAGUUCGGGCUCUUCAGCGGAACUUUUGUUUAUGCGAGGUGACUCCCUGGACACGGUGUUCACCUCAUCGCCACCCAUUCAAGGGGGCAGGCGCAGUACAUCGCCGGGUCCUAGUCGUCAUCAUGCGGCCUCGGCGAACGCCCUCAACUGUCCGAGCAGCUACUACGGAGGACCCGGUUCCCUAAGCUCCCGCCACGCCCAGAGCCACCCCAGCUUCUAUUCCGGCCAGGGCAAUGGACGUAGCAGCGGGCGCAGCAGUGGCUAUCGCGAGUGGAGCGGCGCAGCGGAGAGCGGACACCUGGUCAGUGGGAGUGGAUCGAGCGGCGCGGUCAUGGUGGCCGAUGUCACGGGCAAUCUGGCCCGCCUGUCGGACAGCGUGAUUCUCGACAUUGGCGAGAGCUCCAGCUCGAGUUCCUCUUCCAGCAAGAUUAACAUGGCCGAAGUGGAUGACGACGAGGAGGAGGAGGAUCCGAGGGGUCGGGUGGCUCGAAACGAGGAGGACAUGGACGACGGCGAAGGUGGUUUGGCGAGCCACAACGACUGGGAGGUGCAGAUGCUGGCCGCCGAGAUGGAACGGCAAGAGCGGAAGCGUGGCCACUCCCUGUCCGACAAUCUGGGCGAGCUGAAGCACUGCAGCACGUUUCUGCGGCGUCGCCGGAAGUUCAGCGACACGGAAACGGAAUUUAGUGAGACGGACAUGGAGGAGCAGUUGGCCAGAUCGGGCAGCGGCCCAAUGGAGCCCAGCGGAUCGGCACCAUCUAGCUCUGGAGCCGGUGGCUCCACAUCCGCGGGACAUCAGAGCGGCAGCCAGCGACCGAGAGCCUCCAGUCUGGAUCAGUUCAAUCUGCGCUACGGCAUCGGGCGCGGAAUCUUUAAAGCAAUGAGCAUCGACCGUGAUAAAGACAAGCUUUGAGAACUAUAAUCACGACCAAAUCUAACCCGAUCCCGAUCCUGGUCCUGGUCCUGGUCCUGGUCCCAAUCCCGUUCCGAGUUCCGAAUCCCAUCCCCAUCGCAACCAGAAGCGAUUUCAUCAGCAGAUAACCAAUAAGCAAUGGAAUUUGGACAGUAUUACCAUGGUACAAGAACUAGGUAUAUGAAUAUGAUAUACAAAACUAAGAAGAUGUCAGGACAUAUAGAUCUAUAUUCUAUAUAUGUUUAGCCCUAACGAAAUCCCCCAGCAAGAGAAUCGAUAUAUAAAGAUAUACACAUAUAAAGUAAAGCCCGAUUGAGAUAUAUAUAUAUACAUAUAUAUAUAUAUAUAAAACAUAUAGAUUUAACGGAAACAACAACUACUAAAAACCGAGAAACAAACACACAAAUAGCCAGAGAGUGUUCCCACCCCGGUUCCAAUUAUUUUUCGUUUCGCUUUCUUGAAUUGUAAUCUUAAACCCGAUUGUUUGUGCUUGCAAAAUGGUAAUAGUUUAACCCUAGUUUACCUUUUUCCGUUAAAAACUGUGAUUCCUGUUUACAAAGAUUUCUAAGGUCUUUCCUUUCCUUAAAAAAUUGCACUUAAAUAUGAAUAAUUUUUAUCCAGGAAAUUCUUCUUACAUGUUUACAAAGCAAUGAUUCUACGUUUGAUCUCAUGUUUUCUUCGUUUACUGUUUAUGAUGCUUUACAUUAAUUGUUAGUCUUAUUCAGUCGCUCUAUCAUUAUGCAAGUGUACUUAAGGGUCUGCCCAUAUUUUCUUAAAUUUUCAUUUAAUUAAUUUGCCAAAUUUGUGUGACCCUGUGAGAGAAUGUAUGUGCGUAGAAAAUAAUUCCCACAUUAAACCGUCCUGAAAAACGUCCAUGCCACGAUACGCAUGUUAGUUCAUUUUGUAUGUAUCUGUAUCUGAAACCGCAAAAAAGAUGAAAGUCGGCAUUUGUAUCUGCAUACCAAUUGUCUCGAUCCGAACCCAAAUCGGUAUAUUGAUCAGUUGCUCGUUUAGUUCGUGGACAUCGGGGUCAAGGGCCUCUCUACAGAUGUAUAUACCUCUUAUUGUUAGAGACUAUGGAACAUAUAUAUACAUAUAUAUUUUAAGUACGUACAUAUAUACACAGAAAUAUACAUAGUUAUAUAUCUAUAUAUGAACUAGUCUAAUGAAAACCGAAAGCUUUAAUAACUUAUAUAGAAAACUAUUUAAGAAACAUUUUAAAUACUAAUCGAUUCGGACAAAUGUUUUGAAAUAGAACAGGCCAAUCCAUUUCCAACACAACCAAACUAAAAAAAGGAAAAUUAAAUUAAAAUGAAAAACAAACACACUAAACACAUACAUAAGGCAUACACCUGCAUACGAAUAUCUAAAUAUAGAGCCUAUAAUAUGCAUAGAUUAGCGAUUUACUUGUUGAACACCCUCGGUUAAGCCUAUCGAAGCGUUAGUCAAACCUAUCGAAAAACUUAGACUAGCUCUGUAAACCUUAAACCUUUUAAGCCUCCAAAAUCCGAAGUCCAAAGUCCAAAGUCCCUGCAUCCAUUCGGUUUCGUUCACCUGAUCCCAAGCUUGACCUUCACCACAUCCUCCAAUCCUAACUAGAGAAACUAUCUCGCCGUAAGAAAGGCAACUCUAGCACUUAAGUAGUUUAGUGCAGUUCAAGAUAUAUUUCGAAACCGAAUCGAGUCUGUCUCACCGCCGCCGAAAACAAAAAUGUAUCUCAAGACUAUGUAGGCAGGAAACACGAUUGCUGAUUGUUGCUUUUUCAUUUUUGAUUUCUAUUGUUGCUCUGAACUAAUCGCUUUACUAAAGACAGUUACUAGCCAGGCCCUAGACGCACUCACUAAUCAGACGGUAGAGUCCGUAGAGAAAAGUUAGACACCCAACUCUAGAGUUUUGUAGUUUCAACUAGCCACAAAAAAGGAUGUUAAGCUGUACUCAAGCCACUUACUAUCGCUCUGGCUACUUCGGCUAUCGAUAACUAUCGUACUGUACUAAGCGCACUAACCAACACACACAAACACAAGACAAACACAUCCACACACUGAAAAUGAUAAAAGCCAAACUUAAAUAUUAGAUACUAUAUCUAUUUGAGUAUCUUGAAUGAGUGUUUUAUGAACACAUACAAAUUUAUGUACAUUUUAACAAGUAAGCGAUGUUUACCGAUUGCUUUCCUCAAAAGCAUCGAUAAGUACCGAUUAUUAUUUAAAAUUGACAGCAUUUCUUGGGGAAAAGCAUAUUUCGUUGAUUUUUUAUGAGAACUUCAUUAAUGGUACUCAAAAAAACGUAUUGCAUAUGUAAACAACUGACGAAAAAUGAUUUUCCCCAUUAACUAAAAUGUAUUUCUCCAAAAUUAGUCCACAGCAACAUAAAAAACCUGAAAUUCAAGGAACAAGGAAUUCUCAAGUGGGUUCAAAACAAAGAAAACCAAAGCAAACAAAACCAAAAAGUACACAAAAAGCAAAACUUAUGGGUCACAGCCAGCUAAGCAGUCCAACUAACUGUAAUAAGACAAAACGACAAGCACAACACUUAUGUAAUUCAAAACAACACAGCCGGAAGAUGGAGCAGGAGUAACUCUAUAAGAUUUUAAUUUAGUCGUUUAUUGGGUUCAUUUGUUGAGGAGGCCACGAUUGAAUGCCAACGAGGAGAGCCAUUUAAAUUGAAUUACAUACGCCAGGGACCACAAAAUGUCUUUUUUUGUCUCUUUUUUAUAUAAACGUGUAAACACAAUAGGAAAUCCUAGCAAAGUUAAUGAUAAUAAUGCCCAAAACAGGAGAGUGUUAUUGACCAGAAGGUAGUCAUCAUAUAAUCAUCGAUAUACCCUUAGCCAGGCACCCAUUAUAUAGGCCCCAAUCCCGAUUUAUAUAUAUAUAUAUAUAAAUCUUUAUAUAUACAAGUAUAACUGAUUUCUUAUGUACCACUCACUCUCGGUUCAAUUGUUGUCAGUCAACGAAAAACUCUGUGAGUCAAUUAUGUAUAUGGAUCAUUUUUAAUCGAUUGUUUUUAACUGAAGAUAUGCCAGAUGACCGAUUUUGACCUACUCUGUAUUGUACUAUAUUGCAUUGAAUACCGCGAAUUGUUGUCGUUGUUGAUUUUAAAUUUUAAAUUGCUCGUAUUUAAGUUACCGAUAUUUUUGUACAUUAGUUUAAGGUAGCGCAUAAUAAGUCCCACGAGUCUAGAGUAAAUUCCUAUAUAAAUGUAUAAAUACAUUUUUUUUCUCCUAAUUGCUAAUUUCGCAAUGUUGACCGAAUACUAAAGAAAAUGUACUUAUAGUGAAAUUAUACGCAAAAAAUAAUUUAAACUAAACUAAAUGAGAACUAAACCAAAGCAAGAAUGAAAACAAACAGAGAAAUUAGCACAUGUUAAAGAAGCGCAAAUAAAAGUGAAUACAAACGAAUAUGACAACAAACUUGCCUUCGGUUGCGAGUUACUUUUUAGUGUGCCAAAUCUACAUCAUAUCAGCUUUUAUUCACCACAAGGUAUGAUGUUGCUGCAAAAUAAUACGAAUCCCAAUUCGAACACUAAAUGAAACCACGAAAAACCGAUGCAAGUGAAGCUAAAUCCCCAGCAGGCAAGGUGAAAUAUGAAUGAGAAAUCGAGGCAAGCAGAACUUAUUUGAAUAAAAGAAGAAAAUGUAAAAACUA